CGCUCACCAACUACUCGCUCGCCUCUCCCUCCCUAGGUGCCAGCCCUCUGCCCCCAACCAUCAACACCAUGAACCCGUCCAUGCACAAGUACCAGGCAGUGCUGCUGGCCUGCGCGUUGUUUGUGGUGGCCGUCUGGGUCGGCACGCAGUCGAAGAACAACAACAGCAGCACUACUGUUGCUGGCGCCCACAAUCUUCGCAGCACCAACAGCCAUGAGAAGCACCAGACGGCGGGCGGCGGCGGACUGACCAUGCCGGCUCACGUGUCAGCCCCCAAGACCAACUCGUUCAGCGCGGUGACUCUACCCUCGCCCAGCAACAGCGAGGAAAAGGCCAACACGAACACGGAGGACUACGUCUGGCCCGGGGAGUUCGCGCUCGAAUCCUUCGAGUCUUUGAAGGACGACCUGUCGUACGACUUUGGCUCGUUCGCGUACGAGCACUAGCCUUCUUCCGGGCCGACACCACAGAAUCAUAAUGAGCUGAGUCAAGAGGAAGCCUUGGAAUCGUCUGGAAUCUCUCGGCGUGCGUACCGCCUCGAGCGUUGAUUGAUCUGGUGCGGUUGUCUCCUCGAGCGUCGUCCAAUCGUCGCUCGCCCAUAUGGAGAAUGUAAACGGUCGCACCCCGUGCCCAAGUUCUGUUGCUACGUGCUUUGUCUUGUUGAGUGCUGUAGUUUGUUUCUCUCUCGGGUGGACACGGAAGAGAAGGACAGCUUGUGGCCACAUUUGAAGAGGAAGAUUUCCCCCCUUGGUUGGGCUAUCGUAGGGCAGGCUUUUGAUGUUGCCUCUCUGCUCCUCUGUCCCAUCUUGUACAGCGUAGGAAAAGAGCGUUCCUUGUUUUCGUUGAGGCGUCGAGUUCCUUGUUUUCGCUAAGGUGUCGAAUAUGACAUGAUACGUGCAUGGUGGAACAUGAUGUGAUCCGUCUACAGAGUAGCACGCCGAGGAGUGCAUGGACGGACGGAAAUGCCUUGAGGUGACGGAGGGAGACCUUAGGCACUGAAUCUCUGUCCGUAGUUGCGCGACCUAUCCGGUCGCGAUCUUGUGUGGCUCUGGACAUCAUGCUCGUGUGCUGUUGUCGCGAUUUUGUCCAUUCUAACUGCUUUGCAGACUGCAACCUGUAGUUUUCUGUAGCUUCGUUUUUCAUGCUUUUGUGAGGAGCGUGAGCGAAAGCUCUCAAUUUUUCCAACCUUGGGGAUGCUGAAAGGACGGCUGGUUGGUGUACGGGGAGUAUUCCUGUCUUCCAAGACUCGAUUUCGAACUUGACGUUGUUGCAAAGGUGCAGCUAGGACCGGCCAGUUGCCGCUCAUCGGAAAUGUGGGCGGGUAGAGGGUGGACUGCAUUGUUGGUGCAAACAAACUUGACGUUGUAUGAAACUGGUGAAAGAGGGUGGGUUCACUGGCUCACGUCGGCUGCUCUUUGCUAAAACGUAUGGUAGCUGGCUAGCUGUGGGUGCUGCUGAGACGAAAAACGAUCGUGGCUCGGUCGCCUCUGUCGCGUGUUGAGAUUCCACCCCUGCUGAGCCAAGGUGGUACGUGUUCAUUGAGCACAUUUACUUAUUUUGUCGUCCAGAGAGUAAGUAGGUUUCGUGAGUUGGGCGGGUACUACAUGAAGUUGAACACGCGGCUUGGGAGGAGAAACAAACGUGAAGAGCUUGUUUCAUGCUCGGGAGAGUACAACACCAAAUCGACGAACGAACGUGUUACAUAUUUACUGUGGCUUUUUUUAUAGGACGGGGGGCGUUGAAAUAGUUAAGGCGAACGAACGUAGGUACGUAUGUAUGGCACUUUCUUUCCACGUCUCAUGACGUGGCGUAUUCUAUUAUUCUCGUUAUGUGUUCAUUUAUUUUUUUGUUGUUGCGUGCAUGUUUUCUC